AGGGCCACCGGCGCUCCCGCCGGCAGGACAACGGAAUCACCCUCACUCGCUCUUGUCAACUGUAGCACCGAGACUCGAGAGAGUUCGAGAGAAAGUGACUCCCAACUUGAACAAUACUUGAAUGACUAAAAGUGGAUUUUUUUCCUUGUUUCCUUCCGCUCACCCUUUCCCGUUUUCCCGUCCCAAGCUUCCUUUCCUCACGGCCCUCACCGGAACAGGAAAAUCCUGUUGUUUCCUCGCGCUGCUCGCCUGCUCCCCCAGCCGGUCGAUGGAGUUCGCCCGCAGAGGCCGCGGCGACGAGGGCGUCGACGAUGGCCACCGCUUCCUCCACUUCAACCCUCCGCCUCCGCAUGCCUUUGCGUAGCUGGAGCACCGUGCUAGUUCAAAUUAGAUCUACAAUUGGGCAGCUGCCGAAUCAAUAGAUCCAAUGCUGGUGAUCAGGGAUGCGCUGCUGUCACAGCUCCAGAAGGAUCGUCUUCGCCAGGAGAUCAUCCUGGCUGAGCUGGCUAAGAUAGAGCACGCUAUGGUCCUGCACAACGAUUCACGUCAUGGUAUUUCUACUGAUGAUGUGGAAUGGACAAAGCCAGUUCCCUUCACCUUCAGGGAGGAGUCCAUACCACACUGCCGAUGGUCCGUCAGUCGAGAAGAUUAUGCUGAUGUGGAUGAGACAUAUGAUCCUAAGAAAAAGAAUGGGAGGCAUGGGAGUGUAGAAUUGAAGUCUGGGAAGCCUGCCAUGGAAUACCAUGUUUGUGAAUGCUUGAGACCUUGUUGUAAUGGUAAGGCAGGUCAGGAGAAUGCAAAACUUGAAGAGCAGAAACUACAAGAAUCCAGUGAGACCAUACAGCCCAAGAAAACCUUGCCUUCGGUGAAAUGGGAAAUGACGGAAAUAACAAUACCAGUUAAGAAACCACAUUGGGAAUUGACUUGUGACAUUUGCCAGGUGCAAGCAACCAGUGAACACAGUUUUCAAGAGCAUUGUGUUGGGCAGAAGCACAGGUCAAAUCUAGCAACUGUGGAAUUGAGAAACAAGGUCAUUAGUCAGAAGGCACAAUUAAUGGAAGAAUCUUCUUCCUUUACUGAGCAGAAAAUAUCCUCAAUAAGAUGGAGCUGCAGUACAUGCCAGGUCAAUGGUUCCAGCGAAUCAGACCUGAAGGAGCAUGUGAAUGGACCAACACACCAACAGAACAUUGAAGAUCAGCAUGUGGAGAGUAAAGGCGUGGCUAAGAAGAUUGAGCUGCAGGAAGCAAAGCUUAACAAGAGUAAUACACCACAGCAUGCGGAGAAGCCACCUCCAGGGUGGAGUUGUAGCAUUUGCCAAGCUAACUGUGCUCGUGAAUCAGACUUGAGGCACCUUUUAGCUAAAAUUGAGGCCCUUCUAGACGAAAUCAAUAACAUGCAUUGGAAGCCCAAAUCGCAAGAAGCCAUGGUGCCUCCAACCAUUGUGCCACAACAUGCGCAGCAGGCUUCAGGAUCGAAUUGCAGCAUUUCUCAUGCUGGUUCUGAAUACCAACUGAAUAUCCAGGCUCUAAAUAAGGAAGCCAAGGAUAUGGAAAAAUUACUACCACAAACUGCCAAGAACCAACAGCCACCCUCGGGAUGGGAUUGUGGUAUCUGCCAGGCAAAAUGUUACUCUGAAUCUCAAUUUGUUCAUCACUGCAGAGGCAGGAAACACCAAAAGAAGAUUGAAGCUCUACAGGGGGAAGGUGAGAAUGCGAAAUCGAGUAAUCCGAUGGUGGAUGACAAAGUACAUUCAAAUAGUUCUGACAGCAAUAGUUCAACCUUAGAGAAGGUGGAGGAACUGACAUCAUUGUAUUCCUGUGAGGUCGGCAAUGAGCAGUGCAACAGCGAGGGUAUGCUCGCAGACCAUUGUAACAAGGAACACAUGGAGGCACAGGAAAUGCUGAAUUUUUGCGAGAUCUGCAGUUCAACAGCGAAAAGUUGAUUGCUCACCAUCAGAAAAGGCUCGAUGCGCAUAAACGAAAUGCAGUAGCAAAUGCAGUAGCGGCUUACUAUGUCUGUCAAUAGGGAGGCUGUACAGUAGGACGGUGGGCCCACUUAUGGAGCUCCUAUGCUAUGCUGUUGUAACAAUUUAACCAAGCUUUUCAAAAAGAAAGAACAAUUUAACCACUCA